CACUUUCAGUGGAACUCUUCCCCUAUAAAAUGGCCAUGGAGAAGAACUUCGUGGAGCCAGCACUCGUCUCAAGUCUCAACGACAACGAGCCUCCCACACGCGCACUUCUAGACGUGGGUGUCAUGGCAGCCAUGGCGGGUCCGGCGGAGAGGAAGAUGAAGGUGUGGGAGCUGGUGCUGCGGUGCCUCGUCGGCGGCUUCGGCGCGGUGGCGGCGGCGCUGGUGGUCACCGACAGCCAGACCCGGACCUUCUUCUCCCUCGAGCGGAGGGCCAAGUACACCGACAUGAAGGCGCUGGUGCUCCUGGUGGCCGCCAACGGCGCUGCCGUCGGGUACAGUCUGCUGCAGGCGGCGCGCUGCGCCGUGGCGAUGGCGAGGGGAGGCGGCGCGCUGGUCAUGAGCAGCAGGGCGCUCGCCUGGUCGGUCUUCUCCGGCGACCAGCUGCUGGCGUACGCGAUGCUGGCCGCGACGGCGGCGGCGCUGCAGUCGUCGCUCCUCGGGAAGCUCGGCCAGCCGGAGCUGCAGUGGAUGGGGAUCUGCGGCCUCUACGGCGCCUUCUGUAGGCAGGUCGGCGCGGGCAUCGCGUGCGCCGUCGUCGCGGGGCUCGCCGCCGUGCUCCUCGCAUCCUUCUCCGCGUUCAACCUGUUUCGCCUCUACGGCGGCAACAAGGGGAGCAGUAGUACUAGAAACGGCUCAACGUGGUACUAGGAUAGAAAGUCAAGUCAGUGAAGAUAAAAUCGAUCUCAGCUACUUCAGAUUUCAGAAUGUAGAGUGGAUCAUGAGAUCGAUCGGUGAAUCUUUUUUUAACUUUUCUUGGUGUGACUCAACAAACUGGACUGAAGACAUCGAUCCUAAAGCAUUGCGGCUCCUAGGUUAGGACUUCAGAUCUUGGUGUUCUGCACCAAAAUACGUAGUUCCCUUUCCAAUUACAAUCAAAAUAUGGUGUUGGCCUGAAGCUGGUGUAUAUGUGAAAGAUCCCCCUUUUGGUAGAGCACACACUAGCGCACUACCGCAAGGCACGCGUGCUGGUAGUCCACUGACCCUUCGGGAAAAGAAGAUCAUGAUGUAAAUCGCAGCGAAAGGUUUAAUACGCAACAUUGUGUAUCAUUUCAUUG